GCUAAGCCACGAUUGGCCUGUGGCGGUUUUAGGGCGUGGCUCUGGAAGGGUCAAUUGCAUUCUGGCUUCACCUUUUUGGAAUUCAUCAGUGAAGUCAAAAGUAAGUUUGGGCUUUCUGAUGCUGCUCAACUUGAGAUUUUCGAUGAAACUGACACAGCUGUUGACGAAGACAUUCUUCUUGAGUUAUUGGAGGCUCAUCCAGAUCUAUGCCUGACAGUACGUGAAAGGAUUUCAGAUGAAGCUCAUUCAACCCCAUCUUCCUCGGAUACACACUCUUCCCUCACGGACACCAUAUCACUUUCUUCAAGUGACAGUGACCUAAGGGAUAUUCCCACAGGCCGGAGUAGAUCCAGCCAAGAAGACAUAGGUAGUUCUGCAGGAAAAGUUUCUGUGUCAGAGGCUGCAAAAGAGAUGGUUGAAAAUGCCUUGCUUAGGAAGCCUGGAGGAGAGGAUAUUCUUGAAGAGUACAAGUCAGAAAAUUCACUGAGCCACCGCACCCGGAGACAACUUGUCAACAUACUGGCAAGUGAUAUGACCGAGAGACAUGGCAGGAUUCCCAGCCGUCAGCAGAGGGAGAAGUAUGCCCUGGGCAUUAUUACACUCUUUCCUUCACUGAAGGAUCCCUUUUCUCCAAAAGGCUAUGAGCAUUUCUACGAUGGGGAGAAAUGCAGUGGAUAUUUAGCGUGGCGCCUCAAGACCAUGUCUAGGACUACAGUUAAACGGCCAGCCAAGGAAGCCUCAGUGCCUCAAGAACAAGGGCCAAAGCGCCGAAGAUCAGCAAGCACACUGCCUCAGCAGCUUGAUGGAGAUGCCUGCAGGGAGGCUAUUUCAUUUCUUGUUCACACUCCUGAUGAAGCAAGUGUACUUCAGAAGAUGAAGAUGACGUUCCAACAUCGCCAAGACUUAGUGCAUGACCCAGAAAGAACUGCAGAUGUCUUCAAAACAUUUCCACGCUUUUUGGAUGUCAAAGGACUAAUAAAUCAGGACUUCUUGAUGCUCUUUGGUGCUGAAACGAGCUCCAAGUUGCUUGAGAAGUGGGACACCUCAUUGAAGCUCAAGGUCAUCAAAGAGGCCAAAUACCUGACUCAGUCAACCACUGUGUGUCGCCUGCUAAAAGCUGCUCAGAAACUCACAGAGAAUGAAGAAAAUGACUGGGACAGUGACAUGGCCUCUCUGCUGCUGCUUCUUCAUCUUCUGCCACCCACAGCUGGACGGAAGAGGAGGAUUAAGAUAAGUCCAAGUGAUGCAGAGCACAAAAUGGUGCACUUCCACAAGUCAUGCUGCAGCAUUGAUGAACACCUGCAAGGAAUAGAGGGAAAACAACCAUACAUCCUCGCUGUUGGCCGAGUCCAGAACAGGAUCGACACUUUCUACAUCGCAGUCGACAAGCAGCUCAUCCCCUGCCAAGCCACAAGCUCAUUGAGUGCUUUCGAUGAACUAUUCAAAUCCCACUACGUGUUCAACCUGUCUUAUGAUGAGUCCCUGGUUCAUCUCUACACUUUUGUGCAGACCACUGUAUUCAACAUUGAUGUAACCUCCACAGAUGAGUCACCACGUGUUCGUGAGUUACGUGCCAAAAUUUUGAAUGAGAAUUGACCAUGUUUAAAUGUUUCAUCUGUCAAUCUUUGCAUUUCACUAGUCAGGCUUUGAUAAGUCAUUUGCGACUAGGCCACAGUUUUUAUCCAAGCACCAAAUUUAAGUUGGCUUGUUCACAAGAUGGUUGUAGGCGUCAGUUCACUACAUAUUCUGGUUUAAAAAAACAUUUAAAUAGUGCCCAUGAUAAAGACUCUUGUCAUAGUAGUGAUGUAGAAAUGUCAGAGUCAUUUCAGGCUGAUUUUGACAGUUUACAAGAUACUAUUGAGGUUGAGGGAACACGUGUCAUGCAGAGCCCUGAGGCAGGGUGUUCUGAAAACAAUGGAUCAGGUCAAUGUAUCGAAGAUAAUACUAAACACAUUUGUGCCACAAUUAUUUCUAGACUGAAUGGUAGUGGUAUGGCAAAUAGUGUUGUGUCAGCAAUUGUUGGUGAUUUGGAAGAUUUUGCUGAUGGACUGCACUCUCAGUUUAAGCAGAAAGUACUUUCCACUGUGCCAAUGGAUAAUCCUGUUAGGUCUACAUUGGAAAAUUGUCUUGAAACUUUUGAAAACCCAGUUCAGAGCUUUGAUACUGAAACUAAAAGAAAGAAGUAUUUAAGUGAAAAAUGGGGAAUUGUUGAUCCAUUGGAAAAAAUAUUAGGGGUUCGUUAUGAUACAAGGUUAAAUAAAAAUACAGGUACUUAUGACCAAGUCCCAGUGAAAGACACUUUUGUGUACAUUCCAAUUUUGGAAACAAUAAGAUUCAUCUGUCGCAAUUCAUAUAUUUGUGAACUGCUUGGAAGAGCUUGUGUAUCAAAGAAAGACAGAUAUGAAGACUUUUGUGAUGGAAGUUACUUUAAGUCAAAUCCAUUGUUUUCAGAACAACCGACCUCUUUGCAAGUUCAACUUUACUACGAUGAUUUUGAGACUGCCAACCCACUUGGUUCCAAACGUGGUGCUCAUAAAGUUGGGGCGCUAUACUUUGUCCUCAGAAAUCUUCCUCCAAAGUUAAACUCGGCAUUGAUGAACAUUCAUUUAGUUGCAUUGUUUCAUGCAGAGGAUGUGAAAAAAUAUGGUUUUGAUCCUAUUUUACAGCCUCUGAUUGAUGACAUGAAAGUAUUGGAGAGUCAUGGCAUUAAUUUACCCUUCUCAUCUGAAAAGGUCCAUGGCACUAUAUGUCAGAUAACAGGAGACAAUUUAGGGAUGCAUGGAAUUUUGGGUUUUGUAGAGUCUUUCAGUGGACGUUACUUCUGUCGAUUGUGUUUAAUUGAAAAAGAUGAUGCUCAGAAUGUCUAUAAUGAGGAUGACCCAAAGAUAAUUUUGCGAGGAAGAGAGGUUUUUGAAAUGCACUGCAAUGAGUUACAAUCAGAUCCACAUAAGUUGCAUGUGUUUGGUUUAAAGAAAAAUUCGACUCUGAACAGCCUACAGUUUUUUCAUGUUUGCCAGAAUUUUUCCUUGGACAUUAUGCAUGAUAUUCUCGAAGGGGUGGCUCAGUAUGAGAUGAAGUUACUGUUAGAAUAUCUUUCAGAAAAUGUUUUGUCAAAAUCUGGUCUUUUGUCUCGAAUCUAUGCUUUUGACUAUGGCUACUUGGAGCGCAAAAAUCGCCCAACAAGGGUCAAUUUGGACAGUAGUGGCAAUAGUAUAGGACUCAACUCCAUUCAGACACUUUGUCUGAUAAGAAAUAUUCCUUUGAUUUUUGGUGACAUUGUGCCAGAAGGAGAUCAGAACUGGACCUUGCUAUUGCUUUUACUGCAAAUUGUGAACAUCAUUUUCUCUCCAUCUGUAACAGUAGGCAUGACUGUGCAUCUAAAGCAUUUGAUAAUUGAACACCAUGCCUUGUUCAAACAGUUGUAUCCCAAUAGAAACCUGAUUCCCAAACACCAUUAUAUGGUUCACUACCCGUCUUGCAUCAGAAAAAUUGGACCCUUAAUACAUAUGUGGAGUAUGAGAUUCGAGGCAAAGCAUAAGGUAUUCAAAAACACACUUAAAAACUUCAAGAACAUAACAGUGUCACUUGCCAAAAAACAUCAGAUGUCCAUAGCAUACAACUGGGAUAAAUUUCCUUUAAACCAUGUUGAGUAUGGACCCUUGAAAACAUUUAAUGUUGAUGAUUAUGAAUAUAGUGAAUUGAUCACCCAAGCCUUGCCUGCUGUAGCAGAAGAGACGUUCUCUGCUAACUGGGUUAAAAGCAGUGGGACAGAGUAUAGAGAAGGGCUGGUCAUUUGCAGUGGCACUGAAAAUGAAAUGCCUGCGUUUUGCAGAAUAAAAACUAUACUUUUGGUUAGUAAUGUAAUAUACUUCAUAGUUAACAAGCUUGUUGUUGAAAACUUUAAUGAACAUUUUCACGCCUACACAGUUUUUGAGACAGAUAUGAAAAAAAUAAUUAAAGCAGAUUCUAUCGAAAUCUAUAAACCAUUUGACCUGCAAAGUGUUUAUGGUGUUGAUAAUGAUCAACUUUACAUUGUUCCCUUAUUUUAUUUGUAAAUGUUGCAUGGUGCUUGCAAUGUAUUAAUUAAAAAUGAUGAAUGGUGA